GUCAUCUCACUCAUUCCACUCUCCGACACUCCGCAACCUUCCUGCCCCUCCGACGACCCGAUUAUCCAUCCUCUUUCCUCUCUCCACACAUCUCGCACCGGGCUUUAGGCUCGACGGUCGACUUAGCCUCUUGUCCUCGCUGUCAUCUCCUCUUCCUCCUCCUCUUCCAUCACAUCCUCAUCGGUUCCCACCGGCAUUGCCAUCUUCUUGCCCCGCACACUCCUAGCGCCUCCGCCCACCUUCCGCCCCACAUAUCGGCAGGUGACCGCGCUCCCUUCCUCCCCUACGCCUUGCUCACUCUUCACCUCUUCUCGUUCUCGUACUUGCGUCGCCUGAUCACUCACUCACAAUGACGUCUCCUAUCGACGGCUCGCGCAUGCUGCCAACACUGGCAGCUCGCGCCUCCUUCUCCCCUGCGCCCAUCACCUCCGCUGCCGCCGUCAAGAACAACGACAGGGAAGAGCGCCGCGCUGGCAGACUCGCGCUGGGUCGCCGCAUCUCUGCCGACUUCUCCGCCGAGCCUCUCCGCGCCCCACGCUUGCCCCGCAGCACCGCGCCCCCUGCUCCCUCCUCAGGCGCGGCGUCAGAACGUACGCCCCUUCUCUCGGCUCCAUCAACGGGGGUCGUUGCGCCGAGCUAUGCCGCGAACGGUGCAAACGGGAAUAGAGAUAACGACGCCGAGUGCGCGCAUGACGCGGUGGCCGCGCGCCGCGCCAGUGCUGCCAGCACCAAGGGCCGCUUCCAUGGCCUUCCCGGCAUGAAUCGGCCCGCGACGGUGUGGAAUGAGUUCAACGUCCUCAUUGCAUCUAGCAUCCCGCUGAGCGCGGGGCUUAUGCUUGAGAAUGCACUCAACACCAUCAACAUUCUUGUGUGCGGCAGACUCGGCGCAUCGGAGCUCGCCGUAGCCGGUAACUCGAGUCUGCUCGUCAUGGUUACUGGUUACCCGAUCCCGCUUGCCAUUGCUGCGGCCUUCACCACUCUUUCGGCUCCCCUGUACGCUCAGCCUGAUGCGCGCCAUCACAUCGGCCAUUGGCUCCAGCGCGCCAUUCUGCUUUCGCUCGUCUUGUCUUUCCCAGUCAUGCUGUUCUGGUGGUUCAUUUCGCCUCUCCUCCUUGCUCUCAAGCAGCCACCCGAGCUCGUUGCGGGCAUGAAGUGGUACCUUCGUGCAGCAACGCUCGUACUCCCAGCCCUGGGCCUCGUCGAGUCUAUGAAGUCGUACCUGCAGGUGCAGGGCAUCAUGACACCGCCUCCACUCAUCCUGCUCUGCCUUCUUCCCGUGCACGCUGGUAUUGCCAUCUACCUGGUCCAUUACACCUCCCUCGGCGCACCAGGGGCCGCUCUUGCAACCGCGGCAACACUUUGGAUCGCUGGCAUCCUCCUCGUCGUUCUUGCGCUCCAUACCCGCGCUCGCGAGUGCUGGGACGGCCUUUCGAAGAAGGCUUUCGCGGACCUGAGCACUGUCAUCUGGCUUGCGAUCCCUGGCGCCCUUAUGUUUGGCUCGGAGCUGUGGGCAUUUGAAAUCAUCGCUCUUCUCGCUGGCCGACUUGGCAAGGUCGCUGUCGCAGCGCAGGCGGUCAUCUCAACUUUGGACAACAUCGUGGCCAUGGUCCCAUACGCCAUCUCAAUCGGCAUCGCGAACCGCGUCGGCAACCUUCUUGGGCACGGAUCGCGCGGCAUCCCGCGCGCGCGCAAGUCUGUGCUUGCUGGUCUGUGCCUCGAGGUGCUGGUGGCGGGCUCGACGGGUCUCGCGGUUUUGAUUUUCCGGAAUAAGAUUGCCGGCAUUUUCACGGACGACAAGAAGGUUGCGCGGGAGGCAGCCGAGGCGGCCGUCUUCGUCGCCUCGUACCAAGUCUUUGACGGACUGCAGAAUGUUGGGGCGGCGUGCCUUCGCGCUUUCGGUCGCCAGAACAUUGGCUCGCUCAUCCACUUUGUGGGCUACUACAUAAUUGGCCUGCCGAUCGGCGCUUGGCUUGGGCUUGGUCCUCCUCACUGGGGCCUGAGUGGACUGUGGGCCGGCGCGGCGCUCUCUCUCGCGUGUACUAGCGCCGCCGAGAUUGCCUUCGCUGCGACAAUCAAGUGGGAGGCCGAGGUCGAGCGUGUGCAGCUUCGCGAGGAGGACAUGAGUGAUUCGGACGACAGUGAAGACGCGUAAGGAUUCUGGUCUGCAAUUUUAUAGGGAUCAGUAGGUCCGCGCACAUCUCACAAGUCAUAGCACGGCGGAGACGCGUCUCGCCUGUUCACCGUUCACUGUGUUUCUUCGCACAGGCUUACGUCGUGUACACGUAUGCAAAGGUGUCGCGUCA